AUGAUUUCAUCAGUCCCUAUAACACUAGAUUAAAUCUACGGAGUGAAUUUUAAGAGAGUACCCAUAUUGUAUGGUGAAAUGGAAGGAACCAAUCCACUCCCAAUUAACGAAAUUGAUGAAGACUCAUAUUCAGAAAAAAAUUCUAGGUAGUAACAGAAGCGAUAGUUGCCGCCUUUGCAGAAAGUGGAUAUCAGAGCUGUUGGAGAGAAAUAAAAGAAAAAAUAGAAUUUAUAUCGGUCGCCAGUUAUAUCCCCUUAAUUUGACUAACAUAUUGGGUUUAGGAAUUCCUUUUACAGAUACAACAAAGUCAAUUUGGAAUCAAGAUAGAGAGUGGAAGAGAUUAAAAGUAAGGAGCACGUGUUGUUCACGAAAUAUGCUUAACGAUUUAAUGUUCCUAAAUCUUAAAUAUGGAAUUGA